AUGCCCGUCUCACUCCUACCCCCAGCCAUCCCAUCAUCACCCAACUCCUCCUCAUUCAUCAUCCUCCCCCUUCCCUCCAACCUCCCCAAAUACCGUAAAGCAGCCUACGCCAACCGCGAGGAAUACAUCACCCAAUUCAACACUGCCUACCAGAAAAUUAUGCGCCAACUCGACGCGCGCCGCCAGCUUGUCGAAGACGAAGGGGUGGAGGAAGAUUCGGAUGAUUGUAGCACGAAUGAGGAGCAGGAGGAGAUUUUGACGCGGUUGAGUAAGUGUGUGCAUGCGAUGGGGAGAGUGGCGGGGAGGGAGGUUAUUGGGCAGAUGUGUGUUUGUUGGCUGGUGGAAUGGUAUGUGUAUACAGCGAGAUUGCUCUAUACCUCGGUGUUUUUGAACAUGACGCCCAGAGAUCGGGUCGUCCUGCACCCUACCUUGAUCGACCAAGUAUAUCAGACGGUCAAAGAAGCCGAAUCCAUCCUCGCCGAUCUGAACGAGAUGGAUCUCUCAAAUCUCCCACCCUCAAGCCGCCGGGGCGAUAAAGCUUGGAACCCCAAAGCGCUCGAGGGUGUCUUUGUACGCCUCAUGAGGAGAGUGGAUGAUUUCUAUAUGGGCGGGGUUCAUGUGAGCUCCACCCUCUCCGGCUCUUAUUAG